UGAAAUUAAUAACACGAAAUAAAAAAAUCAAUCAUUUAAAAUAAAUAUUCAAUCCUUUCAUUAACAGAAUAUUAAUCGCCAAAUCAAAAACUGAUUUAAGAAGAAACUUUAAUGAUCUUAGAAAAGGAUUAAUUGAGAUCGUUUUUUACCAUUUAUCCUCUAUUUCCUUAGAGAAUUUACUAUAUAUCAGAAAUCCGGACACUUGUGUAUCAGGUGUUCCACCAUUUCUUGCUGUUAUUUAUGGAUUUUAUAUUUAAAAGGCGUAUUGAUAUUUUGGAUGCAAUAAUAAUCAUCAGCUUUGUUGUCACCGCUAUCGUGUCAUUAUUAAAAAACGAUGCCCGAAUUCAUUUACUACGAGAAUCAGCAAUCAAGAGUACUAUCGGUUUAACAUUCUUCAUUACUUUGAUUCCAAUCAAGAUUGGUUCCUUCCAAUAGUAUUCAACUUCAAACAAUCUAAAUGAUAUCACAAAACGCCGAGAAAGCAAUUGGAACAAAUAACUAUGCAAAUACAAUAUAUCAUAUAUCAUUAUAUGCAAUAAAUAUUUAGUAUCUCAACCAA